AUGGCUAUCACCACACCAACUUAUCCAAUUUCCACUCCACUCAAACAGAGUACUCUCCUCUCCCCUUCAUUCCUCAAGUCCACAACUCCCCUGCAUUUUACCACAUCCAACACGAAACCCUUUUACCGAAAAUCGAGGCUCGUGUUAUCGACCACGUCGGAGAACACAAACCCGUCAACUCUUACCGACCGGAAAGCUGACGUGGCGCUGGAGCUGACGUGGCGCUGGAAACCGAGCACGAAGAUCUCCUCCGAACCCUACCUCAAAUCAAGAACUGGGAUGGCCGGAUGUUGUGCCGCCGGCACCACGUGGCUCAAGGCCCUGGCCUUCAGCCUUGUCAACCGCAGUAGGGUCCGGCCCGAAUCCAUCUCAUUGCUCACAUCCAGCCCACAUGACCUCGUCCCGUUCCUCGAGCUCGACCUUUACCGGGACCCCAAUGUGGGCUUGAGCCCGGGCCCGGACCCGGGCACGGAAUCUAUCCCGACACCGAGAGUCGUCGCCACGCACCUCCCGUACGGGACCCUUCCGAGCUCGGUGUUGGGGUUCUUCCUCCUCAAGAACCGUUUUCGGCCCGAGGAGGAGCCGCUGCCCCUUGCGGAAGCCUUCGAGAUGUACUGCGCCGGGGCCCACCCAUUCGGCCCCUUUUGGGAUCACAUGCUCGGUUACCACGAAGCGGGCCGGGAUGAACCCGGGCGAGUUUUGUUCCUCAAGUACGAGGAGCUGAGGGAAGAUGUGGUCGGUGAGCUUGAGGAAGAUGGCGGAGUUUUUAGGGCAACCUUUCUCGGAGGAGGAAGAGGAGAAUGGCGUGCGUUGAGUGUAAACAAGGAGGGGAAUUGGAACGGGGUUGUUGCGAAUAGCUCGUUUUAUAGGAAAGGGGAAGUCGGGGACUGGCGGAACCACCUGUCGGCUGACAUGGCGGAGAGGGUCGGGAGGAUUCUCGACGAGAAGUUGAGUGGGACCGGGCUGUCGUUCGAGAGAUAUAUUAGGUUCAUUGUUGUGGAGAGCGAGAGUAGGAGCGUUUGGAAGCCGGCCGGGCCAAGCCCGAGUCCGAACUCAUUCAUCUUGUUGAGAAAGUCGAUUGCUUGGUCGAAUUAUCGGGCCGCGGCGUGCCUGUGGAACACGGCUGCGAACGCGAGCUCGUUUCUUGGGGGCUUUUUUCUCGCAGGCAUUUGGUCGAGCACGUGGUGGGCAUCGUCGAAAACUGCUUAUUUGUUCUCUGUGAAAAAAUGGAUGCUCACGAUGAACACUUUGAUCUGUAUUGAUAUUGGUGUUUUUGCAUUUCACUGCCGCAGUGGGAAAGCGUACCUGUUUAAUAAUGUAUAUAACAUCACAAUGGGACCGCUUGAGGAGAGAAUGAUGUUAUCCGGAAUGCAUACUGUAGCAGAAAUAUUCUGCUGCUGUUGUGGGCAAAUAGUCGGCUGGAAAUACGAGGCUGCUCAUGAUAUAAGCCAGAAAUACAAAGAAGGGAAAUUUGUUCUUGAGCGAGAGAGGAUAUCAGAUGGAGUUGACUCGGACUUCUGUAUCAAUACUCGGGCGAAUAGCAGUGAUGGUGAUGAUGCAUAAAUUUUGUUGUACUUUUGUGUACUUGCAGAAUGUAGUGAAGUGUUGAAGCUGCUUACUGUAAAUAUGAAUCUGGUGUGUUGUGUUUUGAUUUCAUGUGCUUGAAGUUAAGGAUAAAAUGUGUGUUGUGCACUUUUACUAAGAGAAUGUUUGUACACAUAAAAAGAAGGAUACUAAUUAUUUGUAACUUGUACUUUGCGC